AGAACUGGGGCGGCCAUCCUCCAAAGAAACAAUUCAGAAGCGCUGAACACAUGAAUUCAGGACCAGUUCUCUCGUUAACAGUGCACUGAGAGCCUCUCUGGUCCCCGGAGGAGAAGCCGCGGCCGCUCUCCUCCAGACACCGAACUCGUAGCACGUUGCACUUCCCGAGCUCAAUCCGUGCCGCGAUGACGUCAUCGUCGAAACAGAGAUCUAAACAAGCCGCUCUCACUCGCGCAAUUCUCUAGUGGAGAGCAAAACCUCGCUGUGGACGCGUUCAGAACGUCUGGCGUGCUUUUUGCGUCCAGACUUUUUUCUUUCUUUCAAUUUUUUUUUAAUCACACACUUCACAGCUAUCGCGCACUGAAGCGCCAACAUGUCUACACAUCCAAAUGUGGAGUCUGGCUCGGACAGCAACUGGUUUGGCGAGGAUUUCGAACAGAUUGACCGCUUUGGCAACAGCUUGACCACUGUGGAAGAGAAGGCGGCCGUGGCGGUGAGUGCUGAUGUGACCCAGAGAAGCUGGCGAGAGGAACAACCCGCAGAGCCUGCGAACAGCCGACCGCCUCCCCCGGUCACCAUGGAAACUGUCUCCACAGGUCAUGCACAGUACUCUGGUGUUGGUGAUCCCCUGAAAUUUGAAAAAACUGCAGAGGAUAAUGGGACUUUUUAUACAUCACUCCUGUCAGGUCUUAAUCCAGGCAUCCAUCAAGAUCCUUUAUCUUCUUCUGGAGACCAAAACUGGGAUGUCCCAUCAGAUUUUAAAAACUCGGAUAUGAAAACAUCAGAAAAAUCAAGGGACCGAAUCCCAAGUUUUGAAUCUCAGAGUAUGUUUAGUUCUGAUUCAGGAAUUGAAAUGACCCCUGGAGAAUCGAUUGAUUCCAAAAAUAUUUUGGAAUGUGAAAAAAUGGAAGGCUAUCACUAUAUUGAUAUAAGUUGUUCCAGAAACACAGGUCAAAACGAUAAAGGAGUAUCCAAAGGAAAUUUGGAAGAGAAGAUUAAUCCGAUGAAUCCCACUCCCCAGAUGCUGUCUGAUUUAGGAGAUUACUCUGAGAAGAGACAAGCAGAGACACCCGAGACAUUAGGGGCAGCUUUAGAAAAGCACCACUGCCCUUACGUAGAAGAUUUGUCUGAUGAAGAUACAUCAGAUUACCAGAUAAUGGGUAAUCCAAAUAAAGUCAGUCCUGUAAAGAUUACCCUCACUCAGAUAGAUGCGCCUUUGGAUAACAGAGUCACAGUAUCUGAAAAGGAAAGCAUUCUGAGCCUUGGACUGGAAGGGGUACCCACAGUCACACUGUCUGAGCCAGAAGAUGAUAGUUUGGGAUCAUCAACACCUCCACUCACAGAAGAGUCCGAGUCCCCAGCAGAAUUUACAUUCCACUCUGGAGACAAGAAAUCUUUCAGUCCAACCAAGAGUCCUGAUCAGGCCUUUGGUUCAAGACCGAGAUCUCCCAGCCCUUCAUCUGAAAGAGAUGGCAUUGACCAAGUCUUUCCCAGGAUCCCAAGUUCAUCUUUGCUGUCCGCACAAGAUCCAGAAGUGAGUAGCACAGAGUCAGAAGACUCGGAUAUUAAGCUUUUACCAGAGGAGCCACUUAUAUCUGAAGAGAUUGGGAGCUCCGGCUAUAUGACAUUUGGUCAGAUUGCUGGAUCGUCUCCUUCUCCAGUAUCUCCAUUAAUCCAGUACAGCAUACUCCGAGAAGAACGGGAGGCUGAACUGGAUAGCGAUCUUAUCAUUGAGUCUUGUGAUGCUUCCUCUGCCUCUGAAGAAAGUCCAAAGAGAGAACAAGAUUCCCCUUUGAAGAGGUCCCAGCCUAUUGGAAACAAAGUCAUUGAUUUACAAACAAAGCACGUUGUUGCAGAAGUUAACUCGGGCACACCUAAUGACAAACAGUCCAUUGAAAAAAUGAAGAAUCUGACAAAUGCUGAUGACAUUUUUAGCAAAUCAAAGCACUCUGCCGGCUAUGCCACCCCUGAGGUGAGGAUUGAGCAGCCAUCUUCUGGGGACAAAUUUACUAAAAAAGCCACCCAAACCAAAGCAGAAAUUAUAGAAAUCAAAAAAGAGUUGCAUGGUCAAGACCAGGGAGCUGAAAAAAAGAUUUUAUGCGGAACCUUCCUGCAUCUGUUUGAGAGACAAAAAGCCAUUGACUUGCUGUACUGGCGUGACCUCAAGCAGACAGGGAUCCUGUUUGGCAGUGUGUUGCUUCUUCUCUUCUCCUUGACACAAUUCAGUGUGGUUAGCGUCAUCGCCUACCUUGCUCUUGCUGCCCUUUCAGCCACCAUCAGUUUUAGAAUCUACAAGUCUGUGCUGCAGGCUGUACAGAAGACUGACGAAGGACAUCCAUUCAAGGCCUAUCUGGAUGUGGAAAUUUCUCUGUCUCAGGAACAGAUUCAGAAAUAUGCCGACAAUGCACAGCUUUACCUGAACAGCACAAUGAAGGAGCUGAGAAGAUUAUUCCUCGUGCAGGACCUUGUGGAUUCUCUGAAGUUUGCAGUGCUUAUGUGGCUACUGACAUAUGUUGGCGCCCUCUUCAAUGGCCUGACACUGCUGAUAAUGGCUGUCAUCUCUAUGUUCACAAUGCCUGUUGUUUAUGAAAAAUACCAGGUGCAGAUUGACCAGUACCUGGGUCUUGUGAGAACUCACGUCAAUUCCGUGGUGGCAAAAAUCCAAGCUAAAAUCCCAGGUGCCAAGAGGAAGGCUGAAUAGAUGCCGAAAACUGAAGUGAUGCCAUCAGUUUAAGAGGAAAAGGAGCAGCUAAAACAGAACAUGUAAACCAGGAAGGCUUUUUGAUUUGUAGACAUUGACACUGGACAGUUGUUGGCACUUUGGUGUUUUUUUAUUUAUUUAUUUAUUUUUCAAAUGCAGCACUGGAGUAGCCCCUCGCCCCGCUGUCUAUAACCUUAGAAUUUAAUAACUCGCAAAUCCGUCGUGUCAAGCACUAAAAAGUAUAGUGAAAAAAUAAAAGCUAAAACAGAU